AGCGCUAGCUUGCAGCUGUCGUCUUUGGUUUAAGCAACGCUACCAGAAAUUCCGUCUCUAUCUCACCUCCGCAUUUGAUCAAAAAAUGCCUCUUGAAUUUGAAAUUGCUCCAGGAAGGAUGAUCGGAAAGGAUCAUCCAUGUUUCAUCAUUGCAGAAAUUGGACAAAAUCACCAGGGAGACAUCAAUAUCGCGAAACAACUCAUAAAAGUUGCAAAGGAUGCGGGUGCUGACUGCGCCAAGUUCCAGAAGAGUGAGCUGGAUUUCAAAUUCAACCGUGCUGCCCUUGAGAAGCCCUACACAUCAAAGCAUUCCUUUGGCAAGUCCUACGGAGAGCACAAGAGGUUCUUAGAGUUUAGCCAUGAGCAAUUCAGGGAGCUUCAGGCUUACGCUAAGGAGAUCGGCAUAUACUUCACAGCCUCUGGUAUGGACGAGAAAGCUGUGGAAUUUCUAGAUUCUAUCAACGUGCCUUUCUUCAAGGUUGGAUCUGGCGAUACUAAUAAUUUGCCUUACAUCGAGAAGGUUGCUAAGAUGAACAGACCUAUGGUGGUGUCAUCUGGGAUGCAAUCAAUGGAUACAAUGACUAGGGUCUACGAGACAUGUAAGAAGUACAAUGACAAGUUCUGUAUACUCCAGUGUACUAGUGCCUAUCCUCUACAUCCAGAAGACGUUCACCUUAGGAUUAUACAGGUGUUCCAAGAGGUUUUUCCUGAUAUACCGAUCGGUUACUCCGGUCAUGAAGGAGGUCUUUCUAUAACCCUGGCAGCCGUAGCCUUGGGGGCAAAGGUCGUUGAGCGACAUAUCACUAUGGACAAGUCAUGGAAAGGCAACGAUCAUGAAGCAUCUCUCAAUCCUCAGGAAUUAGCAGAGCUUGUGAGAGAGAUCCGUAUUGUGGAGAGGUCACUGGGGUCAAGGGUCAAAGAGAUGAGAGAAUGUGAACUACCAACCUUCAACAAGCUUGGGAAGAGCGUCGUGGCUGCCAAAGACAUUCCCGCAGGUACUGUCAUCACGAAUGAAAUGCUGACCGUCAAAGUAGCCGUACCCAAAGGCAUUCUUCCAGAAACCAUCUAUAACCUGAUAGGAAAACGUACUGCCAAAGCUCUCAGCUAUGACGACUCUGUAGAACAGGAUGCCAUAGUGUGGGACUAGGUGUUGCUCUAUCAUUCAAUCAUGUUCUUGUACUUAUUAUAGGUGCCAUUUUUCAGGUGUUAUUCCCACCUAUUCUCAGUGAAAAUUUAGGCUCUUAGGCUCUUUUAUAGAAGUAUUCGGUGCUCAAUGGGUUUGUGAUUCUUUUCAUAUUUGUUGGGUAAAAGCAAUUGGCAUCUAUGGUUUUAUCACAGCUCAUAGCCUUGUUUUGUAAAUGAUGAUAUCAAGUAAACAAUGUUAGAAGUGGAUGACAUUUGCUAUUAGCCAAUCAAAUGCCAGUAUUCAGUAGCUUGUAACUUAUUUUCAGAAUAUGAAAACAGGGCCUUGAUAUUAUCUCAUCGUAAUCUACGUUUUCUGUGCCAUAUAUUAUUAAAUCACGAUCACCUUUCAGUUAAAUGCUGCAUAUCCUGUCAGUAAAGACAAUCAUUUACACAUACAUGCAUACUCUCAGACUGAUGUUCCUGUGGAGCGUACUUUGUGCUUAACCCAUAUAUUAAUGGAGCCAAAUCAUCCCUGUACAAA